AUGGAUCAUGUCCAUAUCCCACAAAGAGAAGCGUCGGCGCGGCUGUUACUUUACUUUCAGUUUGAAAGGAUGGUGAGAAUCAGUGUCCUAAAUGAUGCUCUUAAGAGCAUGUACAAUGCAGAGAAGAGGGGAAAGAGGCAGGUUAUGAUCAGGCCUUCUUCCAAAGUUAUCAUCAAGUUCCUUAUCGUCAUGCAAAAGCACGGUUACAUUGGGGAGUUUGAGUAUGUUGAUGACCACAGGUCUGGUAAGAUCGUUGUUGAGCUUAAUGGAAGGCUCAACAAGUGUGGUGUUAUCAGUCCUCGUUUUGAUGUUGGUGUUAAGGAGAUUGAGGGUUGGACAGCUCGUCUUCUUCCUUCCCGACAGUUUGGUUACAUUGUCCUGACAACCUCAGCUGGGAUCAUGGAUCACGAAGAAGCAAGGAGAAAGAAUGUGGGUGGCAAGGUUCUUGGCUUUUUUUACUGAAGCAGCUUCAAGAGGUCCCGUUCUAUAUCGGGCUGUAUUUCGCUCUUUUUCGACUCGUCAAUUGCUCUUUAUGUACUCAGAUGCUGCUUAGGACAAAUAGACAAGUUUAUUUCGGUUUUUGAGUUCCUCAGUCUUUUGCGAGUCAUAUGUUGCACUGCAGUUUGAGAAAAUGGUUCUUAAAAUAUUGAAUUAGCACGAUUUUGC